AUGGGUGGUUAAAGAAAGAGUAGUAGUAUAUGUGACGAAGUGUCAAAGAAGUCGAAGAGAGUGUUGAAUGCUUUGCCAGAAGCUCGAAGAGAAGAGUAGAUAAUGCUGAAAACAUUCGUUAAGAGCACAGUCUUUUAUACUCGCUGCAGCUGACAGCGCCUCAUUGCCCCUGGUCGAGCUUUAUGAAGCAAGCGGAGAGCGUCGGACGGAAUAAAGACCCACUCCGCACCCGUCGCAGCUAUACGGCACCGAAGUGACGAAGCAAGAGGUCGUUGCGCAAUCCUGAGGCCAUGUGCGGUGCAAUAAAGCACGUUGUUCCUUGCGACGCAGUCGCUUGCCAGCUCACAAUUCUUGAGAAUCAACCACUCAACUUCGUCUCCGUAAUGAUGGGCAGGGGCAUAUCAGCGCGCACGGGCGUCUGAAACUUUGCAGAGUAACCGGGCGCGAGAGGCAAGCACCAAAACUAGAGCAACGAGCCCUCAAGCGCUGGUAGUAUUAGUACCAACUCCCAAUGAGACGCGUGUAAUGCGUGUGGUAACGCUGUGUCCCGAGUUACCGUGCGCUAGUGGUUGCUGGAUGAAUGGUCCGUUGCCAUCAGGGGCCAAGGGCAAUGAAAGGAUAUGCCGUGAGGUUGCUUGCGGUUAUCCGUACUGCGGGCGAUACUCUCCUACGAGCGCGACACAGCAUCGUAGAGGCACUUGUCGCCGAUGUGGGUCGCCAGAUACUUGAUCCGUCAUCGGAACCUCUUCAAGCGGCCGCCGAACCAGCAUACGAGAGGCUGCCAGCGCGAGCCGGGAAAAGAGAGAAAUAAACAUCCAAUGAGUAC